AUGCUGCCCGAUGACGACGGCGACACUUGGGAGGUAUCCUCCGAGGCCUCCUCAUCUUCCUCGUGGUUCAGCCUGCUUCACCACACCGUAAAGGAUGCACUAUCGGACCGAGAGACAGACCAAAAUGAGACACCUGGGCUGGGUUCAGUAACCUCCUCUGGAUAUACCGACGUGUCCCCGGAGUCGUGCAACUCGGGCAAGACCAUUCUUCUGCUGACUGCAAUCCCUGCGUCCUCUUCGCCACGCAUCGCGGAUGCUCACGGGGCCGUGAUUGCCGUUACUGCCAUGCAGAGCACACGGAUAAGCCAAAAGUCUCCAAGAGGCCACGCAAGCAAACCCGCGACAAGUACAAGCAGGUCGUGA